CAGAUUUACUAUACAAUUCGGUCUUACUUAUUGCUUUUGGAAAAUUCUGGCAAAGCGAAGAAUUUUAAGUGAGAUGCAAAGUAUACAGAGUAUACAGUAUACUGCCAAUUCAUAUGAUAAGGAUUUUAUAUUUUAUUCUUGGCUUAUAAUUUGCAAUGGUCCAAUAUUUUUUAGUCUUAAAAUUUUUUACAAAAAUAUUAUAAUAAUAUUAUGUAAAAUUUAUUUUCUUUACCAAAAUAACAAUGUAACAACCUGCAUCAAAUAUAAAAAUAUCAUUGUUUAUUUAUAAUAUCUGGUUUUUCUUGUUUUGUGGAUCCGUUAAUCAGGAGAGGUUUUUCCUUAACUUUAUUUAUUUAAAAUUUAACAGAUAAAUAGC